AGUCCCAGGGGGAGGCCGGGGCCGGCGCGGCGGGCUGCGCGCCGGAGGAGGACGAGGCGGCUUCCUUGGCCUCGCCGCCGCUCCUCUUGCGCUCCCGCCUCGACUUCUUGCGGGUGGGCGGGCCAGUGGGGGCAGCGGAGGCGGGGGCGGCGGACGUCCUCCUCUUCCUCCUCUUCCUCCUCCUCCUCCUCCUCCUCCUCCUCCUCCACCCCACCUCGGACUCCAGCCUCCUCAGCGGCCUCUUCUGGCAGGAAGGAGACCUCAGGUGUCUUGCAGCUGCUAUCCACAGUCUGCGAGUCGGGUGUGAGAGCAGGGGGUGGAGGGGCCGCCUUGGGGGGCGGGGUGCUAGGGGCCUUCACUGCCCGCUCGUCCCCGGACCAGGAAGUCUCCUCGGCCCCUUUGGCUCCCGCCGCCUGGCUGCAGCUAUCCGCCUUGGACUUCUUCAGCGUCACAGGGCCGCCGCUGCCCCCGCCGCUGCGGAUCUUUUUCCUGGUCUUGGAUGGCUUGGUCUUUCCCUUGGUCCCCUUGGCUUUCUUGGCCCCAGCCUUGGCCUUGACCUUGGUCUUUUUGGGCUUGGUGCUGCCCUGA